AUGUUUACACAUCAAGCAGAUGAGGAAGAUUAUUGUGUGGUGGAAUUAAUUGAUUUCUUGAGAGGGAGAAAUGAACAUUCUCCACUGAUCGGAAUGUUGAAACAAAAACUCAGAUCACCCAAGCGAAUAGCCUUCUCCAACAAAUUUGAAGAAUUUAAAUGUAUUAAUUGUACAUGUGAUGUGUAUGAUGUGAGGAUUUCCCGAGCCUGUUCAGUGAUUGUUGCCGUUACAGGUGAAUAUUUUUUAUUUAUUGAUUAUGAAACUUUGGAACCUAAGGGAAGGGUAGCAACGGAAUCUUUUUAUUUUGAAUUGGAGGAGGAUUAUGAUCAAUGUGGGAAUGAUGCCUUGUUGCUUUUUUAUGAUAAGGAAAUUUCAAAGUAUGAUUUGAAACAAUUUAUUGAAGAGAAGGGUUGUAAACCACUUUGGACCUACUCGAAUGAGAUUGGAUAUGAUACGAGUGAGCCGAUUAAUGUGAUGGUUUUGGAUGGGAAGAAGGCUGUGGUUUUUAAUAGUCAGAAUAGUAUGGGAUUUCUUGAUGCAAAGAAUGGAACACUAUUGGAUUACACUAUUAAAUUGGAGGGUGCUAUAUCUGGAUGCUUUGAAGCUGAUCGUAAGAAACCAAAUACCCUCUACAUAUUCUUGAAGGAAAUGAUAAAGUUUGAAUAUGAGAAUGGGGAUUGGAAACGUACCUCAUUUUCUGUUAAUAUAAGGAGUGUUGAUGGGUUGUGCAUGGAUAGAGAAUCUGGUGUUCUUUAUUUCAGUGGAUAUUGUGAUGGUAAAUGUUACAUUUCUGCAUAUACAACAUCAGGAGAUCUUAUUGCAAUGCAUUCUGUCAACUGUGCUGGGAUAUGUAUUGACGAGAGAACAGGAUUAAUGUAUUUAGCAGAUGGAAACAAGAUUUCAAUUUUGAGAUAA